GGAGUUCCUCGCCAGCGGCGGCGACCUGCAGCUGGUGCAUCGCCAGAUGAAGGACCUGGCCAACAUCAUCAACUCGGUAUACGCUCCUCUGAACAUUUUCAUAUCCCUGGUGGGUGUCGAGGUGUGGACGGAGAGGGACAAGAUCACGCUGGACGUGGACAGUGACGCCACACUCAAAAACUUUAAUGAGUACCGGAGCACGGAUCUCAUACACAGGAUACCUAAUGACAAUGCUCAUCUGCUCACCCGGCAAAAAUUCAAAGACGGCGUCGUUGGCAAGGCGCACGUAGGCAUGAUCUGUUCGACUGAGAAGUCAGCAGGUGUGGAGACCAACCACUCCAGCGUGUUUGGGAUCGUGGCCAUGACCAUGGCGCACGAAAUGGGCCACAACUUUGGCAUGGGCCAUGACGAUGAGCAGGAUGGAUGCGCGUGCCCAGACAAGCGGUGCGUCAUGAGCUCAUAUACCAGCGAUUCCAUUAUUCCCGUGCGCUGGUCUUCCUGCAGCCUCAGGAAUCUCAGUCGUUCUUUUGAAAAGGGCUUUGACUACUGUCUACGCAACAUACCGAAGAGACUCUUCGACUCACCAACUUGCGGAAACGGGUUCCUGGAAGAGAGCGAGGAAUGCGAUUGCGGGACAACACCCGGAGCCUUCUCCCCUGGAGACGAGGAUCACAACGCCUGCACAGCUUGUUGCAAGCCUGACUGCACGCUGCGAGCUAACGCCACGUGCGGCCACGGGCAGUGCUGUGAUAUAAAGGUACUUAUCUUUUCAAACAGUUCCUUGAAAGCGAGGAAUGUCAUUGCGGAACAACACCCGAAACCCGGAGCCUUCUCCCCUGGAGACGGGGAUCACAAUGCGUGCACCGCGUGCUGCAAGCCUGACUGUACCCUGCGGGCUAACGCCACGUGCGGUCACGGGCAGUGCUGCGAUAUAAAGACAUGUCGUCCCAAGGCGCCUGGCAAGGAAUGUCGUGCCGCGAACAGCGAGUGUGACUUGCCGGAGUUCUGUGACGGGAGCUCUCCAUUGUGUCCGCUAGACGUGCAUAAGAUGGACGCCACGCCUUGUCGGAAGGGACAGGCGUACUGCGUGCGAGGUUCGUGCCGCACACACACGGACCAGUGCCGGCUGCUGUGGGGGAUCACGGGAGAACGAUCUGACGACGCGUGCUAUAACGAGCACAACGUUUACGCUAACGAAUUCGGCAACUGCGGUUACGAUCGCGUGUCGCAGUCGUUCCGCAGCUGCUCGCCGCAAGACGUCCUGUGCGGCAUGCUGCAGUGCACCCAUCUCGGAAAGAAUAAAAUCCACCUCGGCGACAUUUAUACUGCCCGGAUGAUGUCUUAUCCCGUGCAGAAGGGCAGGGAUAGAAUGGUCCCUUGUCACACGGUGAUUAUCGACUUUGGCCUGAGGGACGUGGACCCCGGCCUGGUGCCCGACGGCGCUAAGUGCGGACCCGAUAAGAUGUGCAUGCAGCAGAGAUGUGUGUCGGUUGAGCGAGUGAGAGAGAUAGCGCAGCGAGCAGCGGGCUCUUUCUGUCCCUCUAACUGCUCCGAACACGGCGUGUGCAACUCCAAUGGCAACUGCCACUGCGAGGAAGGCUACGCGCCCCCACUGUGCUCGCUCCCGGGCGCGGGCGGUUCUUACGACUCCGGUCCGACUGCUGACAUUAGCAGUUUAACGCGAUUCAUGGUGGCGAUGUACGCGAUCUUCCUAGGCAUUGUCCCUGCAAUUAUAUUGGUGCUGCUUCUCAUCUACUUCUGCUCCUGUUGCUCCCCUCUCCGCUUCAAGAUUUUCAAAUCACACUACUCAAAACCUACCAACACCGGUUCUAAGUUUGCACUACCUAAUAUCAACUCAUUUAGGAAGUGGUUUUAUGAUACUGAUAAAGUUAAUCGUGAUAACAGUCAAUUUAAAGCAAAAGAGAGUGUGAAAGGUGAAGAUAAAGUACGUAAAAUUGUUACUGUCAAGAAUGAAUUUAAUGGUCACGAGUAUACGGAAAUAUGUUAUGUUGAUAUACCUAGUACAGAUGUAGAUAAGAGUGAUGCUAAAUCGAUUAAUACAAAAAAUGUUAAAGAACCGGUAAAAUUAAAACGUACAAUAAAUAAAGAAGAUAUUGUUAUAGUUGAAAAGUAUAAUCAUGCUCCUAUUCAUAAUAAAACUGUGACAAAUAAUGUAGAUGUUAUCAAACCUAAAGUUGAUGAUAUGAAAAAUAUAUAUGAGUCACUUACAGAAAAAUCUAACUCCAAUACUCCUAACUUUAAAGACUUGAAUAAUGAACUUGCAGUGCUUAAGAACAGUAAAAUGUCACCCGUAAAUAGACCUAAACCUAAUUUAAGUCCUAAACCUGCUGUUAGUCAGAAACCUAGUGUUAGUCUGAAACCUAGUGUAAGUCCUAAACCAGGCGUCAGCCCCAAACCUAGCAGGCUGCCACGCGAAAAUAAACCUAAGCCAGAAAUAAUAAAUGCUGGUCUCGCUUCUACAACUAAUGAGUUCCUCAAUCAAAGGUCGAAGUUGAGAAAAAUUGGUACAGUAAAUGUUAAUAAAUAA